GCUACGCAUCAUAGACCAGAUACAUCGCCUCCUAGUGCAUUUCUCUUGUUUAUGAGACAAUUAUUGUUCGCCGCCCCGUAUACUGUCGUGCAUGGGCCCGUGGAGGAGUGAAGAAGAGGAAGAAGCUAAAGUCCGGAUCGGGAAGUCGAUCGGGGAUAGCGUGCAUGCAAGUGAUGCGAUCAAUUCCCUUGUUCCUUCGGUCCAAGCGCACGUGUUGGAACUUCUCCCACUUUGGCUAUUCCCUCUCGGUCGCCAGAAUAGGAUGGAAAAGCCUUGGCUGAAGUGCCCACUUUCUGGCGAAACGGAGAAACUAAGCCGCGCCAAACUUAUCUCGGAUUCGGUGGUAGACGAAGAGGAUCUCAAGGUGGCCAGGAUAGAGUGGGUAUGGGGCCUGAAGCGAGGAGGUCUUCUAUACUAUCUCGCACAGCCUCACAACUGUAUAUUCUUUCGCAAGGACAUCGCGCACAUGUACGCCCGAUUCGAGUUCACCCUUGCGCCCACAUUCGACACAUACACCGAAAUAAUGCAAUUCUCUGAGCAUGCCGGUAUUAAGGAUCGCAAAGAAAGGGAUAAAACCCCGCGUCGCCCUCUAACUGCACUCUCACCUACGGGGCGCUUACACCGUUAUGUCUUUAUACCGUUUACCGACGCCGCCCGCAAGCUCCAGACCGAACUCAACUUGCUGCCUCAGACCGAAGCAGACCUUGCCGCCGAACUAGAACCCUACGAGUCGAAUUCACAGCUGGCUACAUUGCCUGAAUGUCGCGAGUCGCUCCCGGUGGUUGAGUGCUACGCUCACCCAUUCUCUGUAAGCACCUGCGCCGAGCGCGCCUUCAAGCACCACGCCUUGGGCACACACAUAACGGCGCAUUACUCUCUCGUGACCCACAAUAUCGUUCGCCUAUGGUCCGAAGAGGGAAUUCAGCCUCCGACGUGGUUCGUCAAUACCCCUGGGAUGGACGAAGACGACCAGACUCUCACGAGCUCCGAGGGCGCAGGCUACGAGAUGAGCGUACUUCCGCAGGCUGAAGGAUCACAGGCCGAGGGCACCGUGACGCCUCAUAACCCGCGAAAGCGAAUCGUCUUCGAUGACGAGGAGGCCUUUCGAGCCAACGUAUGCGACUGGGCGAAGAAAGUGGACCCCAAGUCGAAGCCUCGCAAGCAAGCACCUAUACCUCGUUCGACCAUCCCGCUGCGCCGUUCCGUCCGCAUAUAUAACCUUGCGCACCCAUAUAGGAAGCCACCUCCUGUCUAUCGAGCAGAAUCUCCCGUGCGCGAGGCGCCGUGGCCGACCGAAGAUGAUCGAGACCCCGUGCGUCACCCACCGGCUUGGACGGAGCGUAACAGUCGCUUUCCGACGCGGACGUUCUCCAGCAACGACUGGGCAUACUUCUGUCGCGGAGUCGCUCUUGCAGCCCCUGGAGUGUCCUAGCAGAAGUCGCUCGAUUGCGCUUCUCUCGGCACUCUCGACUAGCUUGAGUCCAGUUUCUGGCUGCUGCUAUCAAUCGGAGUCCUCUUCCUUACGCCGCCUCCGCCAAGUAACUCCACCGGCUCG